AUGCAAUUAGGAUUUCUGGGCUUUGGAGCCGCUUUCGACUCUCCUCAUCGAAGCCGUCUUCUUAACGCACUCUGCGCCGAUGGAGUACCAGGAAAGUUCGUUAGCUUGCUUGAUGACAUGAAUCAAACAACAAUUGCUGCAGUUCGAACACCAGCCGGAUGUACAACACCAUUUGAGGUGGUAACUGGAGUAAGACAACGGGCAGUGGCAGGACCCUUCCUGUUCAAAUUCGUCAUCGACGACAUCAUGCGAAGAACAAUCGAUCAGUGUACUGCCGACAUCGUCCUAGCAGGGCGCCCUUUGACUGAUCUCCAGUCUCUUGACGUCGAGUACGCUGACAAUGCUGUUAUAUUCGCAGAGGCAGCUACGAGAGAGGUAUUCAGCAAAGAUGCGUAA